UGAAGUUCUUGAUAUUGUUGGUAACGGUACUGCUGGUUAUACAGCCUACAGAUCCGCAAGGAUCUGUAAGGUUUGAAGGAUCUGAUUGAUCUUGGAGUAAAUCUAUUCAUUGGUUGAAAGAAGAAAUUGUUAUACGAGAGAAAAGAGAAAAGUUAAUGAGCAAUUCAAAAAUUUGAAUGCGAAGAUACUACGCUAUUCAUCAAGAUGCCCGAGUCUAAUAUUCUUAAGGUGUUUAAUCCUCCGAGUUCCCAGCCGGUGGCUCCAUGCAUCCCAUGUACUGCCAUUCAAUCGAUUGUAUGUAUUGGGGGAGGGAUUUUUUUCGCUAGUGGAUUAAUUUUCAAAGAUUUCAAGACUGGCAAGAUGCCCAAGUUUGGUACUAAACAGCAUCCCAUGUGGUUUGUUAAGACGGUGAAGGGAGGUGGCAUUUGCUUGGUUGGGUUGGGUGCUUAUAGAGGAGGAGAAGUGGUGACUUCAAUAUUAAAUAAUUAUAUAUAGAUAAGAAUAUACAAACCACCAACUAUCUAAGAUGAACCAGCAAACAAGUAUAAACUAGUCAAUCAUCAGAUGAGU